GCCGGAGGGACUGUCGCGGGGCGCUGACGCAUUGACGGCCCAGCGAAAAAUGUCACGGGGAGAACGCUCCUGUGGCGGGGGCUGCGAGGAGGCCAGGCCCGGGCGAGCCGAGCCCUCCGGCCGCUGACCACCGGCGUCAUGGAGGACGAACAGCCCGACAGCCUGGAGGGCUGGGUGCCAGUCCGCGAGGACCUCUUCGCCGAGCCCGAGCGGCACCAGCUGCGCUUCCUCGUAGCCUGGAACGACGCGGAGGGCAAGUUCGCGGUGACCUGUCACGACCGCACGCCGUAUUUAAAUUCUGCCUUCCAGAUUCUUCAAGGGCAUGAAAAGGCCAACACCAUGGUAGCCUUAAUGGAAGUUUAUCAAGAAGAAGAUGAAGCCUACCAGGAAUUGGUUACCGUGGCAACCAUGUUCUUCCAGUAUUUACUGCAGCCAUUUAGAGAUAUGCGAGAAGUUGCAACUUCAUGUAAGCUUGAUAUUUUGAAGUCCUUGGAUGAGGAUGAUCUGGGUCCUAAAAGGAUAGUGGCCUUGCAGAAGGAGGCUCAAGAGUGGACCAGACGGGCUGAAGAAGCUAUUGUCUCUAUUCAAGAUAUUACAGUGAAUUAUUUUAAAGAAACAGUAAAAGCAUUAGCAGGAAUGCAGAAACAAAUGGAACAGGAUGAGAAGAGGUUCGGCCAGGCUGCCUGGGCCACCGCAGCCCCCAGGUUAGAAAGACUCAAGCUGAUGUUGGCUCGAGAGGCUCUGCAACUCAUGAGAGCCAAAGAGUUGUGUUUAAAUCACAAAAGAGCUGAAAUUCGGGGAAAGAUGGAAGAUCUUCCAGAACAAGAAAAAAAUAUAGAUGUUGUAGAUGAAUUAGAAAUACAAUAUUAUGAAGUUCAAUUAGAGCUAUACGAGGUUAAAUUUGAGAUAUUAAAAUAUGAAGAAAUACUACUUAUUACACAGUUGGACUCUAUUAAAAGACUUAUCAAAGAUAAACAGGAUGAAGUCGUGUACUAUGAUCCGUGUGAAAAUCUGGAGGAACUCAAAGUCAUUGAUCGAGUGACGGGACUGCAGGACGACAGGAGUUCGGAGGUGCAAGCGCUCAGCCGGCAGCGCCAGCAGCUGGAGAGCAGACGGGGCUGGAUCUGUGCCAGGAGAGCCUGUCUCAGGAACAGAAAGGAUCAAUGCAAAGAAAACCAUCGGCUCCGACUACAACAGGCUGCAGAAAGUAUAAAAUAUUUUCAUCAGCAUCACAGUAUUCAGAUGAAGAGAGACAAGAUAAAAGAAGAGGAGCAAAAGAAAAAAAAAUGGAUAAACCAAGAACGCCAAAAAACGCUGCAACGAUUGAGAGAAUUUAAAGAGAGAUGUCCAGGUCGGUCUGUAGUAAAGACCUCUUGCCCGGAACCUGAGGCUCCAACCCCGCCAGGUGGACUUGCCCAGCAGGCCUCCUCGCCGCCCUCUGGGACAAAGGCCGUGACCUCGUCGUCCUCCGGGGAGACCAGAAGGGCUCCCUUACCGGAAGUCGGUGAUGCGAAAACUGCCGAGCUUCAAGACUGUCCUGGAAAUACCCCUGUCCCGAUUUUUGUUCCAGCUGGUGACCAAACACACUACAAAUCCAGUGAGGAACUGUCAUUACGGCCACAAUCCCCGCCCUCGCCCCCAUCGUCUCCACCGCCUCCACCGCCACCGCCGCCGCCACCGCCGCCACCGCCGCCAUCACAGCCACCACCUCCACCUCCUCCACCGCCGCCGCCGCCAGCGCCUGCCCUCCCUGCUCGGUCCUUUUCUUCUCAAUCUGCAAAUCAUUGGAAUUUCCACGGCAGGACUUCAGUAAAAGAUGAUGAGCCACUUCCUCUAGUGUGUGAGUCGCCUGCUGAAGGACCAAGUGAUUCCUCAGACAGUUUCGAAGGCCCAGGAUCUAUGGAUGACGUGCUGGCCUCCUUAAGGCGUGACAGAAUCCCUCUCCGGAAAGUGGACGUGCCAGCCUGGUCCCCUCCCCACGCCUCAGUCAACGAGCACAUUCUGGCCGCCAUAAGGCGAGGCGUCAAACUGAGAAAAGUUCACCCUGACCUUGGCCUGAGCCCCAGAAGUAAACCUGCCAGCAACCUGGAGAGGAGCAUCCAGGCUGCACUCCAGAGAAUCAAGAGAGUGUCUGCCGACUCCGAGGAGGACGAGGAGGACGGCGAGGGGCAGGGCCUGAGCGAGUGGGACCACUGAGCUCUUCUCCAAGGCCAAGGGCACACAGCGUGCUGGAAUGAAGCCGCAGGGCCCAAGGCCUGUUCCUGAAAAGCAUGUGAACAGGGUAGACUGGCCAAGUAACACCCGGAAGAUCAGCAGGGUUGUGUGUGUGACAUCUCAGCUUUUACUUAAUGUGUGGCUCUUUAAACCAGAGAAGCAGUGUUGUGGUCACUCCUACACACCACACUGUAGUUGGGAUCCGAGACCCCGUAGUAAGUGUUGCCGGAGUAAGAAAAUAGUAUUUAUUUUUCACUGUGGAUGCUCUAGAAUCAUUCCCUUAUUCUGAAAAACGUCUACACUGUGAUGGCAUGUGGCAAACAGCACUGUGAGACCGCUGACUGUGUCCUGUGUGUGCGCGCCAGUGGUUUCCUCAGAUUUAAAGGUUUGAAUGUGAACAUUAUUUUAGCAAUAAUGAGAAUAAAUUGCUUAUAUUCAGGAAUAGUUUUAAAUAUUUUAAAUGAAUGUAUUUUAUGUAUCACGCAUUCUAUAAACUCAUCAUAAAGAACUAUGGAUAAUG